UGGCGUUUACCCCCACUCCAUCACAACACAAAGCAGCGUUGAAAAGCUGACGCUAUCGCCUCUUCCCUUUUCAUGGAGCGAAGAAAAGCUGGCGUUUUACCCCCACUCCACGCAAUGCAAAGUAGCAUUGAAAAGCUAACGCUACUUAACCUAACAAGUUAACUCCGUAUAAUAAAAUGGAUUAUUCCAAUUAUUAUAGACAGUACAUCGAAUACGUGGAGUGUUAUAGACGUACAGUGGCAGCUACAGUUGCAGCAGAGGUCAUAAAGAGGCGACGCAUAGCUGCUGCAGCUUUUAUGAUGCAUUUAUCAAAAAAGAAAAAAAUAUAUGAGAAGAAAAAAUAUUGGGUAGCACCCAUUUUCGAAAAUCGUAACGAGCACAGUUUUUUCUUUGCGUCAGUCCCGAGAUUAAGAUUGGAGGAUUUACGAUUUCAUAAUUAUUUUCGAAUGAGUGCAACUCAGUUUGAAGAAUUGUUGGGCAUGAUUGGACCAACAAUACAGAAGCAGGACGUCGUUCGACAAUGCAUCUCACCAUCUGAACGGUUGGCAUUAACAUUGAGAUUUCUUGCUUCCGGGGACUCUGUGACAUCAAUGUCAUAUCAUUAUCUCGUGGGAGUGACAACAGCAAGUACCAUUAUUCAUGAAACAUGCAAAGCAUUGUGGGAUAUUUUGUGCCCUUUGGUUCUUCCAGGCCAACUCCAUGAAAGAGACUGGCUGGAUAUCGCCAAUGAUUACUAUGAAAAAUGGAAUUUCGUUCAUUGCAUAGGAGCCAUUGAUGGCAAGCACGUCGUUAUUCAAGUGCGUAAAUUCAUUGUUGGUCAAAUAUAUAAGACAAUUUUGAGAGCAGACGCCGGUAAUUUAGCGGAGUAUAAUUUAUAUAUUUAUCGUACUUUACAACGAUUUACAUGACAAACGUUUUGGUUCCGGUAUUGAAUCCUCUUCAGUGUCAAGAAAAACGC